UUAUAUUAGUGAGGAAUAUUGCGUUCUGAAAUUUGAGCUUCGAAGGUUAUUUAGGUUAAUUUUUCUCCGAUGUAGGGUGACAAUAUUGACAAUGAGCAUAUUCAUUUGAGAUGUAAAUCGUUAAUAUUGAGUUGUCACAUAUUUCUAUUUAAAAAUCAGUAAUGGCUACAGAAAUAUUUUGUCGACGAGUAAAGCAAUGGUUGAAACCAGAUGUGUGGACCUCUAGACAUAUGGGUGUAGCCUGUCGCUACCUGACCUCUGGAGAAGUUUCUGCUGCUCUUCGACCAUUUUAUUUCACCGUUCAUCCAGAUCUCUUUGGCCAAUUCCCUCAAGAAAGGGCAGUAAACGAAAACUCAUUAAAAACUUUGAGUUCAAUUUUGGAGUCACUUCAAGAAAACAAACCCCAGCGCCCCACUACACUGCGAUUUUAUCUCAAGCCUCAAGGAGUCGUCAUAAAUAGAGAGAGUCUAAAAUCAGUAAACAUUAGCUUAGUAAAACCAGAUAUAAGGGAGACCGUGACAGUGAUACUGACUUCUUGUAACCUCCCGACAACGUAUGUGGACAAAAUUGCACCGACUCCUGCGCACAAGCCUGAACCUUCCUUCCGUUCUAAGGUGUAUAACUACACUCAGGAACCCAGCACGAACUAUAACGAGCACGAUUACACUUACAACAGUAGGAUCAAGAGACCUGAAAGGAAAACUAAACCACCUAAGGAAUUUCAGUCUCUGAGGAGCUGGCUUGAAGAUAACGAAAGUGAGGCGCGGGGGAAGUUAGCAGCAGUGGCCCCUGUGAGAGAAGAGGUAGCCAAACUACAAGAGAGCCUGUGUCAGCGAUUUGGGUUGGCAGAAUUGGCCUGCGACUGCGGCUGGAACAUCGCACACUUCCGUGGCUGCCUACAGAGUUUCCAGUCUCUUGCUACCCAGCACCCCGAGCAGAUGACUGCUCUUAAAGGAAGAUCACUGGUGUUCAGUAAUGACACAGGAGUCAGCAUGAAAGGACAGGUGUUGCUGAACAGUGGAGAAGUGAGACAGCACUGGUUAGAUUUCAUUAAAAACCUGCACAAAGAAGAAGAAGUGUUGUUGACUGUGCCUGCCUUCGAGAAAGCAACCUCUCGAGUCUUGAAAGAUAUCAGAGUUGUUCGAAGAAAAUUUCAACCGAAAACUAUGGCCAAAGAAUAUGAGAAGAAUCUGCGCAGACUAACAACUUCACUGAGUGACUACCAGGGUCGCCGGGGCUACCCGAAACAUUGGCCGGAGUCUUUGGCGAACUAUGAACUGGUUGUGGAGACCGAAGCUGGACCACUGAUGGUGUCCCCUACAGGCCAGUUCAUAGUUCCUGCAUCCUGUCCUUCGUUUCUUCUAGUCACCUUCAUAUCUGAAAAUCUGGAUAAUGCUGCUAAACUUCUACAUCAUUAUAGAGCGCACAAGCAUAUAGAGAAAGAGUUGCACGAGCAGUGUGUCAGUGAGCUACAGUUGGCUGCACUGCUCAAGGAUGAUAGCGUGACGCCCGACCUUAUGACGGCAUGUCUGCGCCGACUUCUGGAUCACCGACAACACUUAGCAGUGCACCUGCACCAGGCGCGGCUUCACAUCACCAACUACUACUCUGUUAUGUCAGAUGGUCAGAUGUGCAUCCCAUGGAACUUCAAACUCUGAUAAAUCCAAUCUAGUCUAAAAUCUUGUAUAUAAGUUGAUUAAAAAUGGUGGAAAACUAGUUUUUAAGGAUUUAGAAUCUCAAUACUCGCAUCAAAAUGAGUCAUACAGUACUUUAAAUUAAGUUACCAUGCAUUUCAAAACCAAAUAUAGUUAGAUCUUAAUUUUAGUGAUAAUACUUCCCCAAAACCUGUAUUUAAUAUGUUUUGUACAUUUUAUUUUGUUUUACAGGAAAACUGUUUAUGCUUUAUUAAUAUUAAGUUAAAUUUUUAGAUAUUACUUAAAAUUAGAACCUUUACAAGAUCUUGUAAAAAUUGUUACACUACACUUAAAUAUAUUGUUUUAAAUAAAACUAACCUUUUGGACUUUAUUUAGUUAGCAGGUUACACCUUAGAAUCCAGUUAAAAACUAAUUUUUUAGUAUAGGUACUAGAAUUAUAGAUUAUCAAAGCAAAUUAUUUAUCAUAUUUAUGAAUGUUUUCCAGGGCAUUAUGCCUAUCAAAAAUAUUUUUAAUUUAAUCAAUAACGCCAGAUUUUACUUGAUUGGGAAUGAGAACAAAAUUAUAAGUACUAAAUAUUUCUACAAAUUAUGGAACGGAAAAAUAGGCCUAAGGAAAAAUUAAAAUACAACAUACUAUGUGGAUAGAUUAUGAACAUGUCUAGAACAAACAUUGUUACUGUACUGGAUUUGGGCAUAUUUAUUAAAACUAGUAUUGGAUCAAAUUAUACAAAUGUUCAUGAUUUAGAACCAGAAAAUGUAUUAAAACCUAAUGUUGGGCAGUUCAAUACUGGAAGUGGAACGUGAAAUUUGAAAUGAAAUGAAAUUAAAUAUGCCUUUAUUUAAGAAGCAGAGUUAGGGCUAUUUAGCCCUCUCUACCACUCAACCUCAUAUAAUAUACAGAUAUUAUGUACAUUGCUACAUAUAUGUAUUGCAUUGUAAAUUUGCUGUCACACUCAAUUUGCCUAUGGAGUGCUAAAAAUGAAUAUUGAUAAACAAUUUAAAUCUGAAAAUAAUUGCAAUACAAAUUUUUUUCUUAUGUAAUAUUAUGGUUUGUGUAAACGUUAAGAGUAAUAAAUACUGUUUUUAAGAGUCUCAGAGAGGAUAGGUGUUUAGUGAUAGUGGUGUCGCAAAAUAACGUUUUAGUAUUUCAAAAACAAGAAUAAAUUAAAGAAUUAUUAAUUUUGGGGUAAUGUCUAGUAAAUGUAGAUUUAAAGAAUAGAAUAUCAGUAUUGGUUUAUUUCACAACUACAGGACCAUUGUUGAAUUAUUUCACUCAUUGUGACCUCAUCUCGAAAAUGCAGUAAAAACUUAAUACGGAGAGUGUUUACACGUAAAGCUUUUGUGGGGCUCAACCACAAUAUAAUAACUUGACAUAAAAUAGAACUGCUAGUUGGAAAUACUAAUAAGAGUAAAAAUACUCCAAGAGUAAAGCAAGUAUGAAAAAAGCUUUGUUCCGUGUAGAUAAUGUAACAUUAUAGCCCAGGUGAGAAAGGUGUGUUACCUAACCAAAGAGGGAAAGUAAAAAUUUCCCUAAAAAAGUCUAGUAAUUUUUUUUUAUUGCCAUUGAUUUUUACAAUUCUCUAUACCCUGACAAUACAGCAAUGCAUGUUUAGACCACUAGAAGCUGCUUACUUAGUUUCAAUACACCUGGUUUAGAGAGGAACAAAAACUAAACAAUUAAUUUACUUAAUCUUAAAACUAAAUAAAGUAUUCGCUUCAGACACUUCUUAAAGCAGUUUUCCUGUCUUCUACGGUAUUGAAUAUUAUUAAUAUAUAAUAAUAACUUGUUCUUAGUAAAAUGUUAUUAUUAUUACAGUUGGAGCUGGUAGAAAAUGUGUGUCUUAAGGCAGAACGAACUGUGUAACCCUUAUAGAAAUUAUCAUCAUCACUGAACUCUUUGAGUCAAAAUUUAUUUUGUGCCAACAAUGUAAUACUGGAGACACAAAAAACCUUUCUUUGGCUUAUGUAUACAGAAGUUAUAACACCACAGUUUGUUUAACUGUUUGGUUUGGUACCAUUUGUGUUAAGUCCAAUUCUAAACUGAUAAUAAUUGUCACACAAUCAAAGUUGUAAUAUAAAAUUGUUGGGAUUUUUGUGAUAUUGUGAAAUAUAAUUUCAUAAAUAAAUUA